AUGUUUCACCACCAUCAUCAAUCUCACAAUGUCAACUCUAAUAUUGAUAUCUAUUCAACUCCAAUAAGGGGUGAAAGUUUAGACGAAAAUGAGAUGGAGUAUGAUGACGAUGAUGAUGAUGAUGAUGAUGAUGAUGAAAAUGAAGGAAAUGAUCAAGAUGAUCAAUAUGGUGAAGAUGGAGGAAAUUCUGUUCAUCAUGUUGAUGCUAGUCUUUACACCCAACCAUCAUUUCAAGAUCUAGUUUCACAAUUUGGUUCACCGCCGAGCUUCACUCAAUUGGUUCAACCAUCUCAACAGCUACCUAAUAAUAAUGAUGAAGCCCCUAUACCUUCAAAGAAAAGUUGGGAUUUGAUUGAAGAUAUUGCUCUCAUAUGUUCAGUCAUGAACACAAGUACAGAUCCAAUUGUGAGCACCAACCAAAAGAUCAGAGUGAGGUGGCAGAAAGUUAAGGAAGCUUAUGAAGCAGCGAGGAUGGAACGACCCCAUCUAAUCCCACGAAGAACCGCCGACAUGCUUAAAUGUCGUUGGGGUAGAGUUGCUCUAGCAUGUUUGAAGUGGUCUGGAAGUUAUGAUGAGGCUCUUAGGAGGAAAAAGAGUGGCACGACAAACGAAGAUGUGCUUAAAGAAGCGCAUUUAAUCCAUCAAAGAAAACACGGUAACUUUAACUUGAUUGAGCAAUGGAAAAUUUUAACAAAUAGUAAAAGUAGUGGGAAAAGAUCAAGGACGGAAGAAGAUUCUGAAACUCCAACAAGUGAACCUCAAGGAGGAUCAUCCACUCGCCCCGAGGGUGUGAAGAAGGCUAAGGCUCGCAUGACUGGGAAGAUGGUUGCAGAUCAAUCAAUUCAAGCUUUGAGUGCAUUUGGAGAGAGUCUUCGACUUAAUUCAUAA